AUGGCUAAAGCUAUAAUCAAUUUCAAUUUGGAAGAAUCAAAUUUAAAACUCCUUGGCGAGAAAGGAGUUAUACCUCCUUUGCUAGAAAUGCUAUCCGGAAGCAUUGAAUCGAAAGAAUUGUCUUUAUCAGCAUUGGUCAAACUAGCAGGAGUUCAUGCCAAUAAGGGAAUUGUUGCUGCAUAUGGAGGUGUCCCCAUUCUCCUAGAUUUAAUGUUCUCCCUUCGGACACGAGCGUUCAUUAGCAUUAAAUGCUUUGAAAUCCUUGAGAAGCUUUCUUCUUCUUCUGAUGGAUAUGGUUUCUUUAUUGACGGAGAAGGGAAACAACUCGAGUUAGAUAACAUAAUCACCAAUUUGCUAGCUCUGCAGCAGCUUCCUAACUCAGCUCAGUACUUCCGGAAGCCUGCAUUGCGCGCUCUUCUCGGCAUUUGCAAGUUUGAGACAGGUUUAGUUAAGAAGGCGGUUCUGGCCGCGCACGGUGUACCACUAAUUCUUCCCCUUCUUGAUGACUCUGACUCAGAAAUCAGGGAAACUGCCGUUAGUCUUCUCUUUCUUUUCUCGCAACAAGAACCAGAAGGAGUUGUUGAAUACCUCUUCAGGCCCAGAAGACUUGAAGCUUUAGUUGGGUUUCUUGAGAAUGACGAAAAUAAUAAUGUACAAGUAGCUGCUACUGGUUUACUAGCUAACCUUCCUAAAUCCGAACGAAAACUCACUAUGCAAUUAAUUGACUUAGGUGGCCUUGAUGCAAUUAUAAACAUUUUGAAAAACGGUACAAUGGAAGCAAAAGAAAAUGCUCUCAGUGCACUCUUUAGGUUCACAGAUCCCACAGAUAUCAAGUAACAACGCGAUUUGGUUAGACGAGGAAUAUAUCCUCUGUUAGUGCCACU